AUGGUGUUGUAUUUAGUAAAAGCAGAUUCUAAAGUUUGUUCGGAAGAAAAAGUUGUCAACAGUCUUCAGCUAGUAUCAUAUGUACGAACCUACACUGAAUUACACAAUGCUAUUUGUGUAAAGAAUACCAUCAUCGAUUAUGACUACUACGAAUACGUAGAAACAACAUACAAUUGUCUCAAGACUGUGACAAAUUCCAAACUGAUGACACGCUAUCAACCGCAAGUAGAAAAUAAAACCGUGUACUUCUGUUGUCCUGGGUAUUCACAAAUCGAUAACUUGAAUUCAAAUAACACUAAUGAAGAUGACAUUAAGUGUGAACCAAUUUGCGACCCACCUUGUCAGAACGGACUUUGCGAAGCGCCUCAAAAAUGUCUAUGUUUGCCAGGAUACAUUAGAGGCCUUGAUCCGAGUACUGCUUGUUUGCCCGUAUGUGAUUUAGAUUGCGGACAUGGAAUAUGCGAUAAACCGAAUACAUGCAAGUGUUUCAGUGGUUAUGAACUGACACAUACAACUAGCCAUGCAGUCUGCACUGAAAUACAGCACAAAGACAUUGAGUGUAUCUCUGGGUACAUAAAGUCUGGCAAUGGGACCUGUGAACCUAAGUGCUCCAACGGCUGUAUAAAUGGAUUUUGUAUAUCACCUGAAACUUGUCAAUGCAAUCCCGGUUUCCAUUUAGAACCUAUCAAUAUUGAUGGUUCAAAAAUAUGUAAACCUGACUGUGAUCCUGGUUAUAAGCAUAAAGGAGGUAUCUGUCAUCCUGAAUGUCACCACUCAUGUGGUAACGGGACUUGCAUAUUGCCAAAUGUAUGCGAAUGUUUCCGAGGAUACAAAAUCGAUAUAACGAAAUUUUCAUCACAAGCUACUAGUAAUGGAUUUUUAUGUAUACCGUCAUGCAAAGGCGUGUGCGCAGGAGAGUGCGUUGCUCCGAAUACUUGUAUUACAUCAACAGUUACUACACCUACGUCUAAGUAUACAACUAGCCCUUUGUCAACCACUACAAGUCUUAGUACUCCUCAAUCAACCACUUCUCGAUCAACUGCUUCUUUGUUGAUUACUCCUCGAACAACCACUUCUCGUUCUACUGCUUUUUGGUGGACUACCCCUCGAACAAUUACUUCUCGUUUUACUGCUUUUUGGUAUACUACUCCUCGAACAACCCCUUCUCGGUCUACUCCUUUUUGGUGGACUAGCCCUCGAACAACCACUUCUCGUUCUACUGCUUUUAGGUGGACUACCCCUCGAACAACUACUUCUCGGUCUACUCCUUUUUGGUGGACUACUCCUCGAACAACCACUUCUCAUGAUAAUGCUUUUUGGUCUACUCUCCGAACAACCAUUUCUCAGUCUACUGCUUUUUGGUGGACUACUCCUCGAACAACCACUUCUUGGUCGACCAAUCCCAUAUCAACUUCCCUGUCAACUACUCGGCAAUACACUGAAGAAAACCAUGUAACUACUGCUAAAGGAAAUAGUACAAAAACAGUUAAAAUAGACCCGUCGGAAAGCACUCACAAUGGAGCGGGUAAAACGUGGGUGGAGCAACAUUGGGCUUCAGUUUUGUUAACAGUUUUAUUGCUAUUAUUUGCUAUGCUCGUCAUGAUAAUUGUAUUGCGCCGGAAACCAAUUAUAAUUUAUUUAAGAGGGAGAAGCUAUGUUGUUGAAGAUGACGAGCUAACUGGGUAUAACAUUGAUCAACGAGUCCAUUAUUCAAAAAGAAAGGAUAACUUGGAGUGUAAAUAA